AGCAUGCACCCCACUGGGGCUGGGAAGGGCAGGACAAGGACACCCCGCUGCUGCUGGUGGCCUAGGCCAUGGGAGAACACAGACCAGAACAGAGACUGCCCUGGGCCCUGAAGACCCCUCCCCUCCCUGUCCACAGCAAGGGUGGCUGUCUGGCAUGUGUGGCCAUGUCGUGAGCAGGUGGAGGUCCAGCAGCUGCCCUAAGGAGGAAGGAGUGCCCCAGCUUUGACCCCAGAGAGGGACAGAAGGAGCCUGGCUCAAGAAGGGGGCUGAGGCUCUGCCACAACAGAGCUGUGUGAGCUCUGGCCUCAGUUUUUCCCAUCACAGAACUGGACCCAGGUUGGACCCCGUCCCACACGCACAUCCUGACAGGGGCCUGCACCCUGCGCCAAGACCCUCAAGGGAGGCUACGCUGUGUCACCAGGCGCUGAGGACACCUGUGACUGCCCCGCCAUGCUCUUGGUGACCACCACCUCCGCGGUGCCUGGGCCCCUCUCCCUGCCCAGCAACAGCAGCCAGAAGCAGCCCCCAGACGCCCGGGACCCACUGCUAGCCCGGGCCGAGCUGGCCCUGCUUUCUACUGUCUUUGUGGCCGUGGCCAUGGGCAAUGGCCUGGUGCUGGGGGCCCUGGCCCGGCGGAGCCGGCAUGGACGCUGGGCGCCCAUGCACAUCUUCAUCGGCCACUUGUGCCUGGCUGACCUGGCGGUGGCUCUGUUUCAAGUGCUGCCCCAGCUGGCCUGGGACGCCACUGACCGCUUCCGAGGGCCUGAUGCCCUAUGCCGGGCUGUCAAGUACCUGCAGAUGGUGGGCAUGUACGCCUCCUCCUACAUGAUCCUAGCCAUGACGCUAGACCGUCACCGCGCCAUCUGCCGCCCCAUGCUGGCCUACCGCCACAGGGGCGGGGCUCACUGGAACCGGCCAGUGCUGGUGGCCUGGGCCUUUUCACUGCUUCUCAGCCUGCCGCAGCUAUUCAUCUUUGCCCAGCGUGACGUGGGGGAUGGCAGUGGGGUCUUCGACUGCUGGGCGCGCUUCACAGAGCCCUGGGGCCUCCGUGCCUAUGUUACCUGGAUAACCCUGAUGGUGUUCGUGGCACCGGCCCUGGGCAUCGCUGCCUGUCAAGUUCUCAUCUUUCGAGAGAUCCAUGCCAGCCUGGUGCCUGAGCCAUCCAAGAGGGGGCGCCGCAGAGGGCACAGGUCGGGCAGUGCCAGAGAAGGAGCGCGCGUGUCAGCAGCCAUGGCCAAGACCGUGAGGAUGACACUGGUGAUAGUGAUCGUCUACGUGCUCUGCUGGGCACCCUUUUUCCUCGUGCAGCUCUGGGCAGCGUGGGACCCUGAGGCACCUCAGGAAAGGCCCCCCUUCGUGCUGCUCAUGCUGCUGGCCAGCCUCAACAGUUGCACCAACCCCUGGAUCUAUGCAUCCUUCAGCAGCAGCGUGUCGUCGGAGCUGCGUGGCCUGCUCUGCUGCUCCCGGAGCCGCACUCCACACGGCCUGGGGCCCCAAGAUGAAUCCUGUGCCACUGCCAGCUCCUCCCUGGCCAAGGAAUCGUCCUCCUGAGGAGCAGGUGGGCGCCAGACUUCCAGGGGCUGGCUCCAGGCGCUUGUCACUGCCACACGGUGUGGCCCUGGGCGAGCCCCCUUUAGCC